AUGAGUGCUGCAAACCGCCUGUAUGCGUUGGCAGCCCACCUGAUGCCUCAGGGCGAGACGGAGUUUGAUUAUAUAAUUGUUGGUGGUGGUACAGCAGGAUGCGUGCUUGCGAACCGCUUGACAGAAGAUCGCGACGUGCGCGUCGCUGUGAUCGAAGGCGGCCCCAACGACCAGGGCGAGAAUUGCGUGCAAAACUUGCGUCGCUGGCUCGAGCUGCUUGCAAGCGAUCUGGACUAUGGGUACACGACGACAGAGCAGCCGCGUGGAAACUCGCACAUUUUGCAUUCGCGCGCACGCGUGCUCGGCGGUUGUUCUUCGCACAACACGCUGAUCUCCUUCUUCCCUUUCCACUGGGACCUGGACGUAUGGCGCGACCAUUAUGGAUGCACAGACUGGGGUGCGAGUACGCUGCAUCCGUACGGAUUGCGUCUUAAGAUGAACAUCACGCCGAUCGCGCCGCAGCAGCGCAAUAGCGUCGUUCGCGAUUGGAUCUCGUCCUGUUCGGAAGCGACGGGCGCACCUGUUUUGGAAGACAUGAACGCACACAUUAUGAAUCGCGGUGGGUUUGAAUCGGGUGUUGGCUUCUUCAACAUUGCGUACGACCCCUACAAUGGAAACAGGAGCAGCGCAAGCACCGCCUACAUGCAUCCAAUCAUGCCCGGCGGCCCAUCGCCGCGCACGAACCUCAAACUCUUUUUGGAUACGUGGGCGUACGAGCUGGAAUUCGACCAGCAGGAUGCGACGCGCUGCCGCGGCGUCAAGGUUGUGACCAAGCACGGCGUCCACAAGACGAUUCGUGCAAAGCGCGAAGUGAUUAUUUGUGCGGGUGCAUUUGACACCCCGCGUCUCUUGCUGCUGUCGGGAAUUGGCCCCAAGUCCGACUUGGAUCAGGUCAAGAUCCCCGUGCGCGUCAAUCUCCCGGGCGUUGGUCUCAACUUGUGUGAUCAUCCUGAAACAAUCAUCAUUUGGGAGACGCGUGAGACACCCGAUGAGACGGUGAUGUACUCGGACGCCGCGCUCUUUCUGCGUGCACUGCCAUUGGAAGCGGAACCGCACCCUCAUCCUGGCCCAGAUCUCAUGUUCCACAUUUACCAGAUCCCGUUUUGUGUAAAUACCGCGCGAUUGGGGUACGAUGUACCCAAAAAUGCCAUCUGCAUGACGCCCAACGCAAUGCGCUCGCAUGGGCGCGGAAAAGUAUCGCUGGUCAGCAAUGACCCGCGCCAAAAGCCCCUGAUCAACUUCAAGUACUUUGAAAAUCCCGACAAGUAUGACGAAACUCUGUUUGUUCAAGGCAUCAAGGCUGCACGCAAAAUCGCCGAGCAAGCGUCGUUCAAGCGCCAUUUGGUGCGCGAAGUCGCGCCUGGACCCGAGUGCCAAACAGACGAGCAACUGUCGGAGUACGCUCGCAAGGUGGCACACACUGUAUACCAUCCCACUGGGACGUGCCGGAUGGGAACUCCGCCAACGCAAGGCACGCGCCCGACAGAACACAACCAAGACGUUGUGGUCGACCAAAAAGAUCUGCGCGUCGUUGGCACACGCGGACUGCGCGUCUGCGAUGCGAGUGUCUUGCCGACAAUUCCCUCUCUGAACCCCAUGCUCACGGUUUUGAUGGUCGCAGAGCGCGGCGCAGAUUUGAUCCGCAACGAUGCAUGGGUGAAUGGGAAGCGUCGCGAAUAUUGGGACUAG